AUGUCGAUUGCGUUUUUUCAAAAGCUAGGCCAGCGAGUAUGGCUAACGAAGCCCAAGGCAGGAGGAAACUAUUCGUCAAUCUUGGGCGGAAUGACAACUGCCGGACAUCGGAUCUCUGUGGACGACAACUCGGACGAUGGCCUCCUCGAGAAGGGUCAGACUGCACACAGAGAGACAGCUUCACGGCAACAGCCCCUUUGGAGAAACGGUCGCUUUCUAGCCUUUCACGUCAUCUUGUUCGCCAUUUAUCUCUUGGUUCUGUCUUUGGUUGCUAAUGCCUAUCCUCCUCAAUACCCUGGACUCCCCUUUUCUCCAGCCAGAAGUGUUAUAGAGUAUGCUGAAAAAGGCUUCGACCUCGAGGACCGCAUCCAAGACGGGAGCCUGUACACAGGCAAGCCGAGCGCGCAGCUCGACAAGGCGUGGCAUGACCUUCUCAACGACGAGAACAUUCUGCUCGAACCCGAGUAUAUCCAGCAUUACGGACGGCAGGACACGGCCGUCGAGGUACCCGAGGGCGGCCGCUACAUCGGCACCCUGAACGUUUACCACGAGCUGCACUGCUUGAAGCGCAUCCACCACUUCAUGUACUCGGACCACUACUUUCCGGGGCUCUCUAGGCACCAGAUGGAGCUCAACCGACUCCAUAACGAGCACUGCAUUGACUUUCUCCGGCAAUCGGCCAUGUGCCACGCCGAUAUCGGGCUCAUCACCUAUAGCUGGCACGCCGACCAACGUAUGCCCAUCGCCAAUGCAACAUCGCACCAGUGUGUCAAGUGGGACCGACUGGCCGCGUGGACGCAUGAGCGCGCUGUAGACAUGAUGAAGCCCGACUGGUUGAUGCAUCCCACUAUGGGACCCGCGUACCCCGAUGGGCAGGGCGACAGCCUCGGUGCUGCCGAGUCGCCUCACCUUGGCCAUGGGCAUUAA